AUGUUCAAACAACUGUUGUUCUUCUCCGCAGUUUUCUUCGUGAUCUGCUAUGCUAAUCGCCCGUAUCCAGAAGACCCAAAACAAGCGUUAGCUGAUCUUCAAGCGGCUGGAAUCGAUAAGAAGUAUGCUGAAAAGCUCGUGGCCAUCGAACAUAAAGUCAAUGAGGCCACCGCUAAAGCAAACGGAAAUGCAGAGAAAUUGAAGAAAAUUCAAGAGAAGUACAAGAAGUCGCAGCUAGAAUGGAGAAAAUCAUGCCAAAGGAGCAGUUGGAGAAGUGGAAGAAGUUUUUGGCUUAAAUAUCCCAAGAAAGCUGUGCUUGAACUUGUGGCUGCUGGAAUAAGCAAAAAAGUUGCUGAUGUAUUGGUUCAAGGUGAUAAUCUUUACUACAAACAGCUUGCUGCAGCAAAGAGAUGA